AUGGCAUUGCCAACUAAGGAAGAUCAGCAUGCCUUGUGCCAAUUGAUUCUGUUGAAUGGCUUCCAAACAGAUCCCAAUCGACCAGGAGUUGAAAAAUUGGUUGGAUGUGCUGUCCAAUCCCAAUGGCUCUACACCCCCGCAUCGAAGAUUACCAGUGCAGAUCUGUCGGAGCCCACACUUGCAUCACCAGGAAAACUUUUCCUUGUCAAAGGUUGGAACAGGUGCCUUUGUGCUUUGGGCAUUCUCUACUGUUGCUAUGACACGGGCCUUCUGCUCCAGGAGGGCACCGUGUAUGCCACGGUUGUCAAGUCUGACAGCAACUUGGUGGUGAACACCAAUCGUGGUGACCAAGCUGCAAGUAAGUUGAGUAGUGAGGCACAUGAAAGUGUUUCAGCGUUUGCACAAGCGUGCAGUUUGGGGGAGAAAGAGUCAGCCGCAGCAGUCAACCUGUUGAAACACAUCCCCACGAACAUCAAGGAAGCUCUCACUGAGCUGGUUCGGUUUGAGCUUCGGCAUGCUGACUCGGACAUCCUGCAGAUGCUGGAAACUUCGGUCCCCCCAGCAGAUGUGGAACGGGUGAGUAUCUUCUUGCAGCCAUUGAAGAAGUACCAAUCCGAGGUGGAGAAGCAAACCAAUCUGCGAGCUGAGCAGCUUCUUGUCCGCACUGGUAGAAUUAUGGAUCCCUCAAAUUUUGAUCGCUGA